GCUGCCCAUUCUUGAGCAACACUAUCCCGAGGACUGCAGCGGCAACAUGGGCCUCUAUUCCUCUUCACCCAUGCACAGCACUACAAGCAAGUGUUGUACUAAAUGUAGAAUACAAGAGAAAAGAAGAAACCAGCAUCUAUAGGGAUAAAGUUGAAGUAAACAACAUAGAUGUGCCGUUGUAAAGGCGACCUCUCUCUCUCUCUCUCUCUCUCUCUCUCUCUCAAGAAUAACUUUUAAGUAGUGUAGCGCCGCCGCCUGAGAUCCUGCCCGUGAAUUAUAUUACUUCGUGCACUAUUGUGCUGUGUGCUGGGCAGCGUAUUGCUGAAGAGAAUGGUGGCUCAGCAGAACAUAACCGUGACUGUCUCCUGUCUGUGCUGUAUAGUCUCUCUUGUAUCCUGAGUAAGCGAGUGGUCAUAGAGGAGUCACUGACAGGCAUUACUUAACACACCGUAUUCUUACACUGUGAAAGCAAAAAAAAAAAAAAAAAAAAGAAACAAUUGCCCGUCCCAGUUGGGCAGAGAAAACAUUACCGGUGCAAUUGCAGUUUUCCAGUUAAAGCUGACCUGACCUUUCAUUCAUGAUGACCAGCAAAAAGGGUCGCAGUUCCAGAAAAAGAGUGCAGGAGGAGGAAUAUGAAUAUGUCUGCCCUCCAUGGAACUUCUCCUGGGUAGUGCCUAGGGAAAUCUGUGGCUCAGCAUGGCCAGAGACUCAAGCCAAUAUUGAUUAUCUCAGGAGUGAGGGAGUUGGAGUUAUAGUGAGCCUGAGUGUGGAGCGACAGCCUCACAGUUCAGCCAAGAAGGUCAUGGACUGCCACUUGAUUCCUGUUGAAGAGUUUGAGGAUCCCAGUAUGGAACAGAUCACACAGUUCCUUGAUAUCUGUGAUAGAGCUCGGCAAGAUAAGAAGGGUAUAUGUGUACACUGUCGAAUGGGUCGUGGAAGGACAGGAGUUAUGUUGGCAUGUUACCUCAUCAAGUUCUACUCACAGCCCCCCAGUGCUGCCAUCCGCAACAUAAGGCUGAUGAGGCCAGGCAGUGUGGAAACUUAUGAACAGGAACGAGCAGUUACCAAAUUUCGUGACUACCUUGAAUGGGGACACAUUUGACAUGGUAGUGGAGUAGCAAAAGAAUUGUGUCACUUCUCUGCCAUUCACUUGCUUGAACCUUCAAAUCUUCAGGUAAAAAGUCUAGAGAAAGAAUGUAUCAAAUGUAAAUUAAAAUAAUAAAUAUUUAUUAGCAGGA